AAUCACUAUUUACUCACCUGUAGGGGAUCUACAAAUCCGAAUAUGAGAGAACUUUUAUUUUGAAAUUUGACAUGGGCGCCGCCAUUACUUUCUCCGGUAUGUGUGUGGGUGACGAUCGCAUUCAGGCAGAGAGAGGGAGGAGAGAAAGGCGAGUUGUGACAGCAGUGGUGAGCUAAUGAAGAUUGUGCAGUUUUAAAACUUUUUGAUCAACUUAAGAAGUUAACUGAUGACAUGAAACAAAGCUAGAUUACAUUGCUUCAAAGUCUCGUUGCUUUUAAGUCUCCGUAUAGUUUAAUGAGCCAGUUAUUAACAGUGACGCAGCAAGUUUUUUUUGCCGCGCUCGUGAGUGACGCGGGAUAAUAGGCCUGCUGUUAAAGUCAGUCGGAUUAUUCAGUGCUGAAGUUGAAUACUCCCGUGUUUUUUUGUAAUUUACAUCCAGAUUUUUGUUAGUUCAAACGAACUCAAAACGUAGUGGAUGCUGUGUUAUUUUUGCGAGGAUUUUUGCGUUGGAAAGCAUCGUGUGUUCAUUGUUUGCUCUGAUUGAUCGCCGUUGGACGGGAUUGUGGCCUUGUUGGAUCGUGCUGUGCGUUCAGGAUCACGAGGGCAAUCGUUGGGGAUCAAAGAGUUGAAGGAACAUUACCCUGCCUUUCCAGACUCCUUUCAGCGCUCCGUUCUGGACCCAAGAGUGGUGAUGUACAAUAUUGAGUUCACUUUUCCCUGAAUAUUGGUAAGACAUCUUUUCUUUUCACCAAGUAUCGAAACAGAACUGUGUUUUAAAGGAACUCUCAUUCGAAAAACUGGAAAUUGUGCGUUUUUCCACAAAGAGACUUAUUUGUUUACCGGUCUAUGGACAUUUUCACUCGUGAAUGGACUGAGUAUAUUUUUCCUGAAUUUUGAAAGUGAACUCUAACUUGAUUUGAACUCAUUUGAUUAAUACUGAUUGUGAAUGUGAAUCUUGUCAUUGUUUAAGGUGUGACUGAAACACUAACGUUAGCACAUUGAUUCUAUUUCAUUUAUUAUUGUCUAUAUUUCAUUUCAUUUUGAGCUGAUUGAGUUUAAAACAAUUUAACUUUUUAUGUGAAGAAACAUAAGAAAAGAAAACUCAUUCAAUUAGUCUCAUAAGACUAAUACUUUUUGUUUAAAUAAAUAUUUGUUUGUUUAGUUACAUUGAGUUAACUGAAGUCCUUUAUACUAAGGAGUGGGGCCGUCUCAUCUAUCCUGUUAGAUCUGGGAGGGUGGGUUUUUCUGAGUUUUUACACACUUACAUACGCACUUCAGGCUACCACCGUGAUAAAGAUAGAUCCUGAAGCCCACCUCACUUUAUCUGUAGCUCCAUAUAGCAACACGAUAGACACUCACAUAUAACCACUAGUUAUACUGAGACCUAAAGCAUUGGGUGGGGGGACUAAGAUCCUGUUGCUCACUCAGUCUUCCUUAGUGUAAAGUAUAUUAUUUGCCCCACAAGGCGGUGGCAUAUUCCCCUCCGCCACAUAUUGGCGUCACGAACAGGAUAAAUUCCUGACUUUUAAUUCAGUAUAAGUUUGAAGUUUUUGAGCCGACGCUAUGGCUGAGCUAGAAGAAUUAAAGAAACAGUUUGAAGAAAUGCAAAGGCGGUUCGGUGAGCAGUCUGGCAUGUUAGAGCAAGCCAGAGCCGAACAGAGAGAGGCACUUUCUCUAGCUAAAAUUGUUAUUGAACAACAAGCUGCUGCUCAAAAAGCACCAUCUACUGUGUACAUCCCAAGAGAUCGUAAACUUCCAGAGUUCAGUGGAUGUCGUUCUAAGCCUGGCGAGUUGAGCAUAGAAGAAUGGAUAAGUUCAAUGAAGUCCGCCUUCAAGGUGAUGAAAAUUCCUGAAGAAGACAGAAUUGAGUUUGUUAAGCAGUGUUUAAAAGAUGAAGCAAAGAUGACAGUCAAGUUUAUGCUGAACGGAAAGGAGAAGUCAGUGGAUGAGAUUUUUGAUGCUUUGGAUCAGACUUAUGGGGACAAACUUCCCAUUGGCAGCAGGCUAAAAGAUUUUUAUGACCGCAAACAAAUGCCUGGAGAAACCAUUCGUUCGUAUGCAUACGAUUUGCAAGAGAAAUUGAGUAUAAUUCAGAGCAGAGACCCAGCUAGAAUUCCUGAUGCUGAUGGUGUAUUGAAGGAACAGCUCGUGCUAGGCCUCAAAGAUGAUUCACUACGACGUGAAAUGAAAAGGAGAGUUAAGGCUGAGAAAGAUUUGACAUUCAUUCAGCUUAUGCAAGAAGCUAUAACGUGGUCAGAAGAAGAGGAAGUUCAAAUUCCAAGUAAUCUGAGACCCAGUACUCGUUCACGUGGUGUUGUUCGUGCUACCUCUGCGACAGAGAGCUCUUCAGUCCCUCUCACCCUAGAGUCACUCCAUGAAGCUGUUCAACAAAUUGCUGCCCGACAGGAAGAAUUGUUUCAGAUAGUCAAUAGUAAAGAAAAAGUGAAACCUCUUGUAAAAGAGAACAAGAUGAAAAGUGUACCUUUAAAAGAUAGUGAAGGGAGAUACAUCUGUUAUACCUGUGGUAAGCCAGGACACACAAGCCGACGUUGUCUUCAGAACAAGGAAAACUCUAAAACUCAGACAGUAGAGAGGGAAAAGACAGCAGACCGAGACACUUUAGUGCUAGAGAGCCCAGGUCCAUCUGUCAUUCGUAGUCAUACUGCAGACUGUGAUACAAAGAAUGUUUCCAAGUCUCUUUGUGAGAGUGCUUUUGGAGACUGUCUGACAAUUGAAGUGAAAAUUGCGGGUAUAAGUACCAUUUGUCUCUUGGAUACAGGAUCAGAAGUCACUACUAUCACUGAGUCGCAUUUUAAGGAUCACUUCGGAGAAGCUGUGUUGUCUUCUGCCAACUGGGUUCGUCUCACAGCAGCAAACGACCUGGACAUUCCCAUCAUAGGUUGUCUAGAAGCAGACGUAGAGUGUAUGGGGAAGAAGUUACAUGGAAAGUGUGUGUUUGUAAUCAAAGAGACUGAAACCCACGGAACAGAGUUGAAUAGAUUACCUGGCAUUGUUGGGAUGAAUGUGUUGAGUGAACUUAAAGAUCUGUUCAUGACUACUGGAGACGUGAAGAAGAUGAACAGAUAUAGUUGUGGCUUUAAGGAGGCAAGGGUCCAACGAGUGUUAGCUAACAUCAAGAUGCAGACUGAGACAUUAAGCUGCAACGAUAAGAUUGGCUUCGUAAAAGUUGCUGGCAAGCAAGCAGUUACUAUCCCUCCAUUCAGUGAACGUGUUUUAGAAGGCCGCUGUAGAAUACCACCAAAAGUAAGCUGUCAAGUGUUGGUGGAGGCCUCUUCAAAUGUCAGCUUGCCUAAAAGUGUACUGAUCGCUAAUGUGCUCGCCAAAUCAGCUGAUGGUAAAGUUCCAGUCAGAGUCCUGAAUUCUAGCGAAAAACCUGUAAAAUUACCACCACGAUGUAGAAUCGCUGCACUGUCUAAGCCACAAGAAGUUGUGCAAAAAGAGCUUGUUGAGUUUGAGGAGAAGGAAGGUACCCUGUAUGUUAAAGCUGUACAGAAACAUCAGGUGGAUGUGGAUAUAAGCACCACAGAGCAACUGCCAGUUCCAGUGCAAAUGAAUUUAGAGAAUCUCACCGAAAGUCAACGUUGCACACUACAGGAACUACUGGUCAAGCACAGUGAUGUGUUUUCAAAGAACGAUUGUGACUUUGGUUAUACAACUGCCGUUACACACAAUGUACCGACAGGAGAUGCUCCUCCUAUUAAGCAAAGACAUCGCAGAAUACCACCUCAAGUGUUUCAGGAAGUGAAAAAACAUGUUCAGGAUUUGGUUUCUCAAGGUAUUCUCAGAGAAAGCUGUAGUCCGUGGGCAUCGCCAGCUGUGAUUGUAAUUAAGAAAGAUGGUAGCGUACGCUUUUGCUGCGACUACAGAAGAUUAAAUAAAGUGACUUGCAAAGAUGCUUAUCCACUCCCUCGUGUGGAGGAAUCACUGGAUGCUUUAGGUAAUGCACAGCUGUUCUCCACCCUUGAUCUUACCUCUGGGUAUUUCCAAGUUGCGAUGAAUGAGGAGGAUAGAGCAAAGACGGCGGUAACAACUCCUUUCGGAUUGUUUGAAUGGACCAGGAUGCCAUUCGGACUCUGUAAUGCUCCUGCGACGUUCCAACGUCUGAUGGGGGUGGUGCUCGGAGAUCUAACUUUUGACAUACUGCUCAUCUACCUGGAUGACAUUAUUGUUUUUUCAAGAGACUUUGAAAGUCAUUGUCAGAGACUGGAAAUAGUGUUCAACCGAUUGAGAGAGCAUGGUUUGAAACUAAAACCCAGCAAGUGCUUCCUUUUGAAACCCGAAGUGAAAUUCUUGGGUCAUCUAAUAUCCUCCCAAGGAAUAAAGGUGGAUGGAGAGAAAACUCAAGUGUUGGAGACAUGGCCUGCACCCACAAAUGUCAAAGAGUUAAGACAGGUCCUUGGAUUUAUGAGUUAUUACAGGAGAUUUGUUCCUUGUUUUGCUCAAUUAGCCCGGCCUCUUCAUGCUCUGGUGGGUAAAGGAGGAAAAGGGAAAGUUAUUGAACCUUUGAACUGGACAACUGAAUGUCAGUUAGCAUUUGACAAACUCAAGCAUUGUUUAAUGUCUCCUCCAGUCCUUGCAUAUCCAGAUUUCAGUCAGUCUUUUGUACUCACAACUGAUGGGAGCCUGCAUGGUCUUGGAGCCGUGUUGAGCCAGAGACAAGGAGAUGCUGAGCGUGUGAUUGCGUAUGCAAGUCGAAGUCUUCGUGGAUCAGAGAAAAACGACAGAAAUUACAGUGCUUUUAAGCUAGAGUUGCUAGCUCUAAAAUGGGCUGUAACCGAGAAGUUUAAAGAAUACUUGAUCUACUCCAAGUUCUCUGUGGUUACAGAUCACAACCCUUUGCGCUACCUAGAAACAGCAAAUCUAGGAGCAGUUGAACAACGGUGGGUAGCUCAGUUGUCGGAGUUUGAUUUUGAAGUCUUCUACAAACCAGGACGACAAAAUACAAAUGCGGAUGUUCUUUCGAGGAUUCCAUCUGGAGAGGAGCCAGAGCAGGAGGAUUCUGAUAAAGAUUUCAUUAAGAUGAAUUCAGAUGAAGUGCGCACAUGCUUAUGGCCAGCCACUAAAAAUCAGCAGAGGGUUCAAGCUUCAGUCCAAGUAUCUGUGGCAAGGAAAGUCCCUGGAUACAGUUGGAGUGAUCUAGAAGAGCAACAAAAGACAGACCCUAAAAUAGCCCCUAUCUACCGUGCUGUUCUUAAAAACAAGAAUCUGAGCCCAGUUGAGCAGCGUAACAUGAAUGCUGAGUUAAAAAAGCUUGCUAAACAAUUCAUAAGACUCGAGCUUAAAAAAGGAGUGAUGUUCCGUACCAUCCUUGAUCCUCGAGAUGGCGAAGAAAUUUGUCAGCUUGUGGUUCCAGAACCUCUGCGUUACAAAGUAUAUGAGAGUCAGCAUGAUCAUUGUGGCCAUUUCGGAGAAAGAAGUACGCUAGAGCGCAUGAGAAGAAAUUAUUACUGGCCAACAAUGAGUAAGGAUGUUCAAAACUGGAUUAAAGAGUGCAAAAGAUGUGCACUUGCAAAGGAUGUUUUCCCUAAGAUUCGAGCUCCAAUGACGUGCACUAAUGUGUCUGCACCACUGGAAGUCCUUGCAAUGGAUUAUACUGUCUUGGAGGAAUCUGUGGGAGGAUACGAAAAUGUUCUUGUCUUAACUGACAUGUUCUCUCGUUUCACAGUGGCCGUGCCCACCAGAAAUCAAACUGCUCACACUACUGCGAAAGCACUGGUGCAGCAUUGGUUUGUACAUUAUGGCUGUCCUGCACGAUUACAUUCGGACCAAGGUCGUUGCUUUGAAGCCAAUGUCAUCAAAGAACUGUGUAGAGUCUAUGGAAUUGGAAAGAGUCGCACAACCCCGUAUCACCCCCAGGGUAACUCCCAGUGUGAACGAUUUAAUAGAACUAUGCACGACAUGCUAAGAACAUUACCCCCAGAAAAGAAAAAGAACUGGAAGGAGUAUCUACCUGAGUUAGUUAUGGCCUAUAACAGUCGAACCCACACUUCAACUGGGUAUUCGCCAUUCUACUUACUGUUCGGUAGAGAUGCUCGCAUGCCAAUGGAUAUCCUUAAUGGAAGGGACAUUGAGGAAAGUGGAGUUGACAAUCUUGAUGAUUGGGUGAAAAAACACCAUGACAGAUUGAAAACAGCUGUUGAAGUAGCCAACUCUGCAGCACAAGAGGCUUCAAGACAGAGAAAGAGAGCCUAUGAUCGCAAAUCACGUGGUGCACUCAUGAAAGCUGGAGAUCGUGUUCUGUUAAGGAAUCAUUCACACAGGGGAAGGAAUAAGAUCCAAGAUCAUUGGGAACCCUUACCUUACAUUGUAGUGAAACAAAAUCACACAGACACGCCAGUCUAUACUAUUCGCCCAGAGAAAGGGGGUCCAUGUAAAGUUGUACACAGAGAUCAACUAAGACACUGCACUUUUCAGUCAUCUUUACCGCCUCGGACAUCUAGACAUAAUUCUAGAGCACACACAAGUCAGGAACACACUGAUUCAGAGGAUCCUGAUGUUCUUGUAGUCCCUGUUACAUUUACACCAACUACACUUCCAGACACACAAGGUAGAAGGGAAAGUGGGGAUGAGUCGGACACAGGUAUUAGAGAACAUGAUAAUAGAAUUUCAGAUGAAGAUUCAGUAGAUCAGUCUGUAAAUUCAGGUGGUUCUGAAGCUGAAAGUGAAAAUGAAAGCAUUCCUGAACCUAGACGUUCACAACGUUUGAACAAAGGUACUUUACCUGUUAGGUACAGAACUGAUUUUGUCUUGAAAUAAACUUAGACAACAAUUGAAACUUUAAGGUUUUGAAAGUAUCUUUUAAUGUGUAUUUCACUGAUUGAAAACUUUAUUGUUGUACUGAUGUUCAUACCUAAAGUGUUUACCUGCUAUUCUCUGUUUUUGUUUUCCGGAACCGGAUCGCUGAAAGGAGGUCCAGUGGUAUGGCAGGGUUUAGUAGGGGGGAAUGUAGGGGAUCUACAAAUCCGAAUAUGAGAGAACUUUUAUUUUGAAAUUUGACAUGGGCGCCGCCAUUACUUUCUCCGGUAUGUGUGUGGGUGACGAUCGCAUUCAGGCAGAGAGAGGGAGGAGAGAAAGGCGAGUUGUGACAGCAGUGGUGAGCUAAUGAAGAUUGUGCAGUUUUAAAACUUUUUGAUCAACUUAAGAAGUUAACUGAUGACAUGAAACAAAGCUAGAUUACAUUGCUUCAAAGUCUCGUUGCUUUUAAGUCUCCGUAUAGUUUAAUGAGCCAGUUAUUAACAGUGACGCAGCAAGUUUUUUUUGCCGCGCUCGUGAGUGACGCGGGAUAAUAGGCCUGCUGUUAAAGUCAGUCGGAUUAUUCAGUGCUGAAGUUGAAUACUCCCGUGUUUUUUUGUAAUUUACAUCCAGAUUUUUGUUAGUUCAAACGAACUCAAAACGUAGUGGAUGCUGUGUUAUUUUUGCGAGGAUUUUUGCGUUGGAAAGCAUCGUGUGUUCAUUGUUUGCUCUGAUUGAUCGCCGUUGGACGGGAUUGUGGCCUUGUUGGAUCGUGCUGUGCGUUCAGGAUCACGAGGGCAAUCGUUGGGGAUCAAAGAGUUGAAGGAACAUUACCCUGCCUUUCCAGACUCCUUUCAGCGCUCCGUUCUGGACCCAAGAGUGGUGAUGUACAAUAUUGAGUUCACUUUUCCCUGAAUAUUGGUAAGACAUCUUUUCUUUUCACCAAGUAUCGAAACAGAACUGUGUUUUAAAGGAACUCUCAUUCGAAAAACUGGAAAUUGUGCGUUUUUCCACAAAGAGACUUAUUUGUUUACCGGUCUAUGGACAUUUUCACUCGUGAAUGGACUGAGUAUAUUUUUCCUGAAUUUUGAAAGUGAACUCUAACUUGAUUUGAACUCAUUUGAUUAAUACUGAUUGUGAAUGUGAAUCUUGUCAUUGUUUAAGGUGUGACUGAAACACUAACGUUAGCACAUUGAUUCUAUUUCAUUUAUUAUUGUCUAUAUUUCAUUUCAUUUUGAGCUGAUUGAGUUUAAAACAAUUUAACUUUUUAUGUGAAGAAACAUAAGAAAAGAAAACUCAUUCAAUUAGUCUCAUAAGACUAAUACUUUUUGUUUAAAUAAAUAUUUGUUUGUUUAGUUAC